UCUGUCUGCAGCGGUAACGGGUACCGCGCUCGACGACAAAUCGCUGUCCGGCUUCGGUGAUAGUUCGAAUUCCGAUGGAGUGUUUUUUUGGACUUUUUGCUCGCCAAUAUUGAAAGUGAUUCGAGUUGUGGUGCUACUGUACUGUUAUUUUUGCAAUUAUUAUGGUGGCAAAUAUGAUUUUCGAGUGUGUUAUUGAGGAGUACGAUUCGGGGUCGGGAAGUCUUGGCUCAUCGCCGAGGCCAUUCUUAAAGCCCCAAAACAAUCCAUCCGAUGAACACAUGAACAGCGACGUAGAGAGCUUGGAAGAUGCCAGGAAGCUGGUGCGAGAUUUGAGGGCGAAAACACGGCAACAGGCCCAACAGAUCAUGGCCUGGAGGAGGGCCUACAAAAUGCAGGAACUCUUUAUAACGAGAUUGCAACGAGAGAAAUGCGACCAGCUGAAGGCCAUCAGUUCCAAGCUCCUAUUAUUCGAAUCCCGGCUUAUAAGAAAACAGAAGGACAUCGCCGCAAUGUUAAAUGCUAGAGAGAAUAUCAUUUGUAAGCAGCAAAGAUUAAUAGAAACGCUGACCGGUAGACUCGUAGACAACGGCUUGGAUCUACCCCAAAACGAGAUAACCGACAUUGAGUACUGCCUACCCGAUCUGGAAUCGCUCAACGAUUCCGAUAGUGCAGUGGUAAUGGAGGACGUGGAAUACGACAGCGGGUACCACAUACCCAAGUUCAGGUCCAUGAGCGCAGAUGGCGUGACUGUGAUGAGGUCCAUAUCCGAUGCCGUCGAUCCUAAUUUAAAAUAUACAAGUAGGAGAAGCAAUGGAUUUUUAAGGAGGCCUGAAAUAUUAGAAACUGUAUAUAGUGUGGAAGAAGAUGGGGAUAAUGACAACCUAAAAGAAGAAAAAACUGAAGCCAACAAACGUCGAGAAUCGUUUGCCAUGAGAGGGAAAUCCAACUGUAACAUAGGCUCUAACGACGAACACUUAAACGACUCUAUCAGGAAGGAAUCUUUAGAAGAAAAAGCUUGCAGAGUGCCAUCUUUAGGAUCACACAGAUCACAUGAUCAUGACGAUCACAGUCCCGAUGAAGACGACGAAGACCGCGAUCGAGACCACCAAAAAACCAACACCAAUCAAGUGAAAACGUACAACCGAGUCAUGUCCAACCACCGAUCAGUUACAAAACCGAAAGACGUAAAGUACAAGCGAAUCAACAAGGCCAAAUCGAAAAGCUUGGAGGAAUUGAGGGGCAGAUUAAAAAACUGGGUAGAACAAGGCAGCAAACUACCAGGAAUAACAUUAGAACACAGCCAAAGUUAUGCUUAAGGAUGAUUUCCGAUUGUAACUAUUGUUCUUAGUAGAUUAGGUAGUUUUUGAAAACGUUUGUCAAUAUAUUGUCAAAUUAUUUGAGAGCCAGAUGAUGUUAGAGUUCUGGUAAAUGCUGUAAAUAUGUACCCCAAGUAUAAUUCUCAAUUAUAUUAUAAAAAUAGACAGUGAGACUACAAAGAGUAUAUUUCCUAAAACACUGACUAUUCAACAGAGCUGAUUUAGAAGUUUAUUUAACUGUUCAAACCAAAGGUUCUAACCCUCAGUAAAUCAACACACACAAAAACAGUAACAAAAUUUCUUUCAUAUUAUUACAUGUUAUGGGGUGUACAGGGUGAGUCAACGAAAAAGUCCAUUAUCUAAUUUGUUUCGAGAUUUACAAAAAAAAAUGUUAAAUAUAAAAGUUAUAGGGAAGAUUAAGAUACACAUUUUAAAAUUAUUAUAGGUUAUACAGGGUGCUUCAAAAAAGUGUGGCAAAACUUUUUUA